GACAUCAGGUCAGCUGAUCUCUGCCGGAUCGAGGAGAAAGAUGUCGCUGACGAGCUGGCGAAGGAUGGAGUCUGUUUUCUCCGUGGCGCUUGUUCUCUGCUGCCUUGCUUCGACUGGUGUACAUGGCGAUAGUUUAACAGUGCUGCAGGCUCCAGAGUUUGUGUCCUUUCAGAAGGGAGACUGGCCUGUCUCUGGAGAAAAGAUCCCUGACCUGGUGGCUGUAACCAUGGGCUUCUCUGUUAAGGAGGAUUUGUCCUGGCCAGGCCUUCAGGCUGGUCCGUUGUUUCAGCGUCCCAGAGCUAAUGUACUGGUGGUGGUGAGAGGAGUAGAUAGCUUGGCUCUGCCUCAGAGUGUGGCCUCAUACCCCUUGGAGAAUCCGGUGCCCUUCACCUUGGAUAGUGUUGCAGAGACAGUCCACUCUCUGUUUGCUGAGGACACUCCUGUAGUGCUGCAGCUGGCACCUAGUGAGGAGAGGCUGUAUAUGCUGGGAAAGGCUAAUGCAGUGUUUGAGGACUUACCGGUCACCUUGCAGCAGAUUCGGGCCCGUCUGUCCCAGGAUGGCUCCGUGCUGGCUUCCCUACCACUCAACUUCCUUAGCAGAAAUGCAGAGGCUGAUCUGCUCUUCCUGUCUGAGGUUCAAGUUCUGCAUGACAUCACAGCUCUUCUACAGAGACACAAACAUUUGGCCAAGGACCACUCUCCUGACCUGUACUCACUGGAACUGUCUGGUUUGGAGGAGCUGAGUCGCCUGUAUGGAAAAGAUUCCCCACAGUACCGCGAUGCUACUGCCAUUCUUGCAUCUGUCCUGCAGAAGUUUGGAGAGGAUGUGUAUGCACUCUAUGGCAACAGUGCAGUAGUGGAGGUUGUGACCGUGAAGGCUUUUGAGGCUCCUUUGACCAGGAAGUCCCGUUCAAUCCUGGAGUCUAAACAGAUCAGUAACCCCGGCAGCCCAUACAACCUGGCCUACAAGUACAACUUCCAAUACGCCGUUAUCUUCAACAUCGUCCUGUGGCUGAUGAUCAUUUUGGCUCUGGCUGUCAUUGUUACUGCUUACAACCUGUGGAACAUGGACCCGGGGUAUGACAGCAUCAUCUACAGGAUGACCAAUCAGAAGAUCAGGAUGGAUUAAAUUCUCACCAUCAGCACUCCAGCUGUCCUCUUAGAUCCCUGUAGUGACUGUCAGUGUUUCUGUGUGAGUUUCUGUUUAGUGAAAAAGGAGCAUAAUAUUGGGUCACUUCUUUGUUUACAGUACUGGCAUAAUAACAGGAAAAAAUGUCCUAUUUUGCUCUUAAAUUUGCUUACUUGAAGUGACUGGAAAUCAUCCUCCAUUUGUGUGUACACCGAACAAAGUCGGAUGUCCUCAUUCAUCUUCACGGCUUGCAUCAUUCCAUAUGAUUUUAAAUCAUCCCCACCAACGUUUAGUCCCCCCUUGACCUGUUGAUUGCAAUUGUAUUUUUAUUGUGUAAAAAAAAAAUCUAUUGAAAUGUCAUGAAUGAGAUUUGUCUGGUUUUUGUGUGCAGUUGUGCUUGUCUUGAUGUGUGAAAAUGUUAAGUUAAAUAAAAAUCUAUGUGUGUGUGUAUAUAUUGAAUAUACAAAUACUACUGUAUGACAAACUGCUGUACUCAAAUUGUGAAAAGAUGUGUGUAGUGUUUAUUUCAGGUUGGUCCAAAUGAUAAAUACAUGUUGAUAACUUAAAUUACUUGAUCAUAAUGAAGCUUAUUGGGAAUGGAUAUGGACAAAUGAAGCUCUGUAAAUUGCAAUAAAAUGCCUGAUAAAUGAA